AUGUCCUCCGAUCUUGAACGUUACAUCAGCGAUAACUCUCUUCGAUUCUUUGAUGUAUCUGACCGUAGCAUCAUCGACUAUGUCGUAGCGUCAGCAUCUUCCUCGAAAUCUCCGGAAGCUCUCUUCACCGCACUCAAUGCUUCCGGUUUACCAGACACGUCAGAUGCACAUCAAUUUGUUCAGGAGGUCUAUGCUCGCGCUCCCCGGAAGAGCAAGCACAAGAAGUCCUCCGAUACGUCACGAAAACAAGCUGAAGAACAGGCCAAGCUCCUUCGUUCGCAAAAAUUCGACUUUUUGCUGGAGGAUGAGGCGGAACAGAGCGGCGGCGGUGGUCUGAAGGGCGACAAGGUGAGGGUAUCCGGUCGCAGCAGUGCAAAGGACAAGCGGGAGAGACAUACGCGGAAACGAGAAAGCGAUGCGAGGGAAUGGGAGAGCGAUGAGGAGGAGAAGGCUCGGAAGAGGUCUCGCACGGAUGAGGGAGACGAGCAUGAGCGUCGAGAGUAUGAUGAAGACAUGAAUGUCGAGCUACCUGAAGAUGAGGAAGCACGGAGGGAACGUCAGCGACGGGAGGACCUGAAGGAGAGAGACGAGUUGGCGGAACGGAUAAAACAGCGAAAUCGAGAGAGGACCAAACGAGUAGUCGAGGACAAGUCUUCAAAAGCUGUCGGUGCUGCUGCUGAAGCAGCAGAACGUCGACGGUUGGCGGAGGACACGGAGGCUCGAGAACGUGCCAUGCCGAAUCUCCGCGAGCACUCUCGACAAGAGUAUCUCACAAAACGUGAGAUGCAGCGGAUCGAGCUGUUGCGGCGGGAGAUUGCAGAUGAUGAAGCUUUGUUCGCGGGCAUGAAGAUUUCGAAACGAGAACAGCGGGACCUCGAACACAAGAAAGAGCUUCUGCGACUCGUCGAGGAGCGGCUCAAGAUCGACACCAAAUGGGAAGGAUACCAGUUGCCUGAAGACUACAUCACAGAACAGGGCAAGAUUGACAAGAAAAAGAAGGAAGGCGUGUUGUAUCAGCGGUAUGAGGAAGCAAAGCCAAAGGACGAUCAGUUCACCACCGAUGUUGAUCAGUGGGAGGCAGCACAGACCAGACACAGCACUUUCAAGAUGGGUGCGAUGGACAAGAAGGAGAUCGUCGAGGACUAUGAAUAUGUAUUCGACGAGAGCCAGACCAUCAAGUUCGUCUUAGAGAGUACCAUGGGCGGCGAGGGCAACAUGAGCGCAAAGGACAAAUUACUGCAGCAGCAGAUUGAGGCAGCGGAGCAACGAGCCCAGUCAAUAGAAGAAACUCGUAAAUCGCUGCCGAUACAUACGUACCGCGAGGAACUGUUGGAAGCCAUCAAGGCUCACCAAGUGCUCAUCGUCGUAGCAGAGACGGGCUCUGGAAAGACGACACAGCUGCCGCAAUACCUGCACGAGGCAGGGUACACCGCGAACGGCAUGAAGAUCGGGUGUACGCAACCGCGGCGCGUCGCAGCCAUGUCCGUCGCCGCGCGUGUGGCAGAGGAGAUGGGGACGAAGGUAGGGUACGAGGUCGGGUACUCGAUCCGGUUUGAGGACUGCACGAGCGACAAGACGGUGCUCAAGUACAUGACAGAUGGCAUGCUGCUACGCGAGUUCCUGACGGAGCCUGACCUCGCGGGGUACUCGGCACUGAUCAUCGACGAGGCGCACGAGAGGACGCUCAGUACGGACAUUUUGUUUGCUCUUGUGAAGGCUCAAUGGCUUGGUUCGCUGAAGGAUAUCGCGCGGUUCCGUCCGGAGUUGAGGCUGCUUAUCUCCAGUGCUACUAUGGAUGCAGCGAAGUUCAGCGAUUACUUCGACGACGCUCCUGUUUUCUAUGUGCCUGGUCGACGAUAUCCUGUCGAUAUCCACUACACUCCUCAGCCUGAGGCGAAUUAUCUACAUGCCGCUAUCACCACGGUGUUCCAGAUCCAUACCACUCAGCCAAAGGGUGACAUCCUGGUGUUCUUCACAGGUCAAGAUGAAAUCGAGGCUGCGCAAGAGAAUCUGCAGGAGACUGCGCGGGCAUUAGGCAAUAAGAUUGCAGAGCUCAUCGUCUGUCCAAUCUAUGCAAACCUGCCCAGUGACAUGCAGGCAAAGAUAUUCGAGCCUACGCCUGAAGGCGCACGUAAAGUUGUGCUUGCAACCAAUAUCGCGGAGACGUCCAUUACGAUUGAAGGUGUCGUGUUCGUCAUCGAUCCCGGCUUUGUGAAGCAGAACUCGUAUAAUCCGCGCACAGGCAUGUCUUCCUUAGUGGUUGUGCCGUGCUCUCGGGCGUCUGCAAAUCAGCGGGCAGGUCGUGCCGGCCGUGUUGGACCUGGCAAGGCUUUCCGUCUCUAUACCAAGUGGGCGUACGCGAACGAGUUGGAGGAGAAUACCGUUCCCGAGAUUCAGCGUACGAACCUGGGGAUGGUGGUGCUGCUGCUCAAGUCGCUCGGUAUUAACGACCUGAUCGGUUUCGAGUUCAUGGAUCCACCGCCUGGUGAGACUCUUAUGCGUGCAUUGGAGUUGCUCUAUGCGUUGGGGGCUCUUAAUGAUCGUGGUGAGCUCACGAAGCUUGGCCGACGCAUGGCGGAGUUCCCAGUGGACCCGAUGCUAUCCAAGGUCAUUAUCGCUAGCGAGGAUUACCAUUGCACAGACGAGGUGCUCACCAUCAUCUCGAUGCUGCAAGAGUCGUCAUCGCUCUUCUACCGACCGAAGGACAAGAAGCUGCAUGCAGAUCAGGCACGGCAAAACUUCGUCCGGGCCGGUGGCGAUCACUUCACGUUGCUCAACGUCUGGGAGCAGUGGGCCGAGACGAACUAUUCGCAGCAGUUCUGCUACGAACAGUUCCUGCAGUUCAAGAGUCUCAGUCGUGCGCGCGAUAUUCGAGACCAGCUGGCGGGCUUGUGCGAGCGUGUGGAAGUUGUUGUGGAGAGUAACCCGAACACGAGCGAUAUUACGCCGAUCCAGAAGGCUAUCACUGCUGGAUAUUUCUACAAUACGGCGCAGUUGCAGAAGAGCGGCGACUCGUACCGUACGCUCAAGACCAGUCAAACGGUGUAUAUACAUCCGUCGUCAAGUCUUUUCCACAUCACGCCGCCCGCUAAGACUGUCCUGUACUAUGAAUUGGUGAUGACUUCGAAGUCAUAUCUACGGCAAGUCAUGGAGAUCAAGCCACAGUGGCUGCUGGAAGUUGCACCACAUUAUUUCAAACAGGCUGACUUGGAACAGCUGGCCACUGGAGACAAGAAGAUGCCAAAGGCCGUGGGGAGCGCGGGUGAGAGAUCAAGAAUGUAA